AUGGACCACUUCCGCGCGUACGAUGAAUUGCCGUCCACACGGGCGGGCGGGCACCAGGGCAGGGCAGGCCAGGGCAGGGCUUUUGCGUCGGCCGCGCCUGCACAAACACUAGCGAACCUCGACUCUCCCUCUCCACCUGCAGUUCUCUCCCGACUCGUCUCCAGGGCUGUUUUACAGGACGCUCCAGUACUAGAUAGCUACUGUUCCUGGGUACCACGGCAAUACAUACAUACACACACUCAUCACACUCCUACUUACUACUACUACUACUACUACUACUACUACUACUACUACUACUACUACUACUACUACUACUACUACUACUACUACUACUACUACUACUACUUGCUGCUACUGCCAACCAGCCAGCCCUAG